AUGUUAAAAGUUUUCGUACAACGUAAUCUGUCGAUCACCAGUGGGUGUUCUUUGUUGAAACGAACAUUUCUCUCCAAAGCGUACCAAUGUACUGAAGCUUGGAAUGCACGGUUGACCACAUCGAUCCUGGAAAAGGUAAACCUGGACACGCUAUACUACGACUUGGAGCAGCGAUUUCAACAAAAACACAAGGUAUCUGCACUCGACAUCGAUAUAUACGCAAACAAAUUAGUGGACGAUACGCAUGUUGAUGAAAUAGCGGAUCUGCUGUACAAAUUCCGCCUCACAGAAGAGGCUUCCAAUACUCUCGAUUCGACACACCAUGCUCUAGUGCGGAAUUUUCUCGAGCAUAAGUGCUACGACCAGCUGAUCGAUGUCUUGAACAAUCGCAUUGGGUAUGGUGUGUUUUUGGAUGAUUAUAGUGCCAAUCUUGUGCUCGACCAACUAAUCAAGGAAAAGCAAUUCAAAUAUGCUGCUCGUAUUGCGACACUUCUUGCAUUACAAGAAGAUUUUGCCAACCCCAUCACGAGAGGACUGUCCUUGUACAGCUGCUAUCGGUAUGCUAAGGCACCGGAUUCAGAACAUUUUGAUGAUCUCGUCCCGGUCGCACAAGAGACUAGCGAGACUGAAGGUCCAAGAAAAAAGAAGAAAGAGGAAACGAAAGUUAGAGUGAAAUUUAUUCGGAAUCCAUUUUUUGAUGAUCAUUUUGAUCUGAAAGACAGUCAGCUAUUGCUAGGUAAAACGUUUAUCGAACUUGGAAAAAGCUACGGUGGAUCAAAUACCGUGAUUGGAGCAAGCUGUGAGCUUCUGGGGAUGACUAUGUACCGGAAGUAUGAUCAGGCUUUGUCGUUUUUGAAAGAACACGCGGGAAAGGAGGUAAACGCAGAGGUGUUGCAGUUGGUGCAUAAUGUACUAGAGAAAGAGCAAAACGGCGAAGAUGUAUCAUUUGCUGCCUUCCGUGAUGCAGUACCUAAAAUCGAGGCUACUAUGAAAAUAAAUAAGGAAAACUUUGAAAAACUUCUCCUAGCGCUAGUAGAAAAGAGUGUUGCCGAUAGUGAAAAGCAGCAAAUUGAAGAACAGACUAAGCUCUACUCGGAAUGGUGUAAUCAACGGCAGCAGCGUUUGGAUGACGAUUUGAGUAGAUUACAACGUGCAAAGCGUAUAAAGGAAAUGGAGCAGCUGACGGUCGAGAUGGAGAAAGAAGAGCAGAAGCUUUGGUUCUUUGAAAACGAGGAUAAAAUUGACCUGCAGAUCGACAGUAAACGCGUAUUCUAUCCAAAGCGAUGGUUCGGCAAGAAAAAGAAGCCGCGCACUGUUGACGUAGAUUAUGUGCCGCCGGAAGUUCGGCAACGUAAUUAACUGAAUAAGUGUGUCGUUGAAGAAAGCUUUUGCGUAGUUGUGUAAAAAUAAAUCUAAAAGU